AUGGCCUAUGACCGCUAUGUGGCCAUCUGCAACCCUCUGCUCUACCGAGUCAUCAUGUCUGAAAGAGUAUGCUGGGGCCUGGUGAUUGUUCCCUACCUCUACAGUGCCUUUCUUUCUCUUCUGACUACCAUCAAGAUUUUUAUUUCCUCCUUCUGUGGUUACAAUGUCAUUAGUCAUUUCUACUGUGACAGCCUUCCCUUGUUAGAAUUGCUAUGCUCCAGCACACGUGACGUUGAACUGAUAGUGCUUAUCUUCUCAGCAUUCAAUUUGGUUUCAUCUCUGUGUAUAGUCCUUGUGUCCUACAUGUUGAUCCUUGCAGCCAUCCUCAAGAUGAAAUCUGCAGAGGGCAGAUACAAGGCCUUCUCCACGUGUGGCUCUCAUUUGAUAGUAGUAAUCGUGUUAUAUGGGACUCUGUCCUUCAUGUAUGUGCAGCCCAAAUCCAGCCAUUCCUUUGAUAACGAUAAAAUGGCCUCUGUAUUUUACACAGUUGUAAUACCUAUGCUGAAUCCCCUAAUCUACAGUUUGAGGAACAAAGAGGUGAAAGGUUCCUUGCACAGGAUAUGGAAAUAUCUGUGCAAAAUUCCUACUUAA